GGUAAUUUCUGAAUUAAUAGGAAAAAAUGCUGAAACUUUAAUGCAAUAUAACAUUUUAAGAGCUUGUUUAAAUCAAGAGAAAAUUCAUAUGUAUGGUAAUAUAAAAGCCAGUGAAACACUAGUAUUUCGAGGGAUAGAAAUUGAAAAAUUAACAUCACAGAAAACCAGGAAUAAGCUUGUAAAAGAAAGGCAGUGUGAUGUACAAUUUAAUGGUUUGACUAUUGGUUCAGACAUUUGGAAUCAGCUAUUUAAAUGUACGUCAGACACUGGUCUUUUAAGUAUCCAAUGGAAAAUUUUCCAUGGUAUAUAUCCACAUGGUGGUUUAUUAAAAAAAUAUAACAUAGAACAAUCUGAUUUAUGUAAACUAUGUAACGAAGUUGAUAAUAUUGAACACUUUUUUAUACAUUGUAAUGCAAUUAAAAAUAUUUGGAAAGAUGUAGCUUUGAAUGAUAAUGAAAAAAUAGGGAUGGGAAUAUUAGAUAAAAAGUUAUUAUACAAGUCACUUGUAAUAAAGAAAACUAUACAUGACUUUAAGUUUUCAAAGAAUGAGAGAAAAAAUAUAUCUGUAAUGUUUGAAUAUGAAAAAUAUGUUAGAAACAUUGUUGAUUGAGAAAAUGUAUUUAAAGUUUUUGAAAUAUUUCAUUUUGAAAUAUUGAUUUGUAUGCUAAUGAAUGAUAGAAAUAAAUUUAAAAAAAACAAAAAAACAUGUACUAUUAAUAAAAUUUGGCAACUUAGCGAUUCCUAUAUACUAUGAGCCUACUCCUGUAUGAAUAGGCUCCCAAUAACAGAAUGGUAAACUGUCAUCAGUAAACAGGAUGAAGC